AUGUUCAACAACCACAACCAUCGUCAGAAUCAUGGCAUGCUUAACGGGAGCGCGGCGCACCACAAUUUCCAGCCGCAGGUGAACUUGAGCAAGGCUUUUCAGAGCCAAUCGCAAGGCCAGCAUCAAGGUCACCACGUCAAUAGCCAGCACAAUGACCACAGCGGACUGAGCGGGCACACCAACAACUUCGGAAACCACCAGCACACCAUCUCGGCAAGCACGCUGUCAAACACGACUCCUCACUUUACACCUGCGCACCUCACCAAUGGCACACCAGACAAUUCGAACGUACCGAAGCCGAUGAACGAGCAUUGGGCGACACAGAUCCAAGAAUACCAGAAAAUGAGGAUGGCGGAUCAGAAAACACACUACUACGCGAGAACAACGCCGUCCGUGAGCAGAUAUCCUGGACAGUCUAAUGGGUCCAAUGCAACCCAGCAGAAUGGCGAGGAGAACGGCGAGAGGCGGCGCAUAACAGAUGAGUCGGAAGACAUGGGUACAUGGGAUGCUAUGGACCUGUGCGGCCAAGGCCUGAAAGCCAUUGCACCUGCACUGUUCCAACGCUACCCAAGGCUGAAGAAGAUAUUCCUGGCGUGGAACAGCCUUCGAGCGAUACCUCCUCAAAUUGGGCAAAUGCGCUUUCUGACAGUUCUUGACCUCUCCAUGAACAACCUCUCAUACCUACCACCGGAGAUUGGUAUGCUCACGAACUUGAAGAAGCUUUCACUCUACGACAAUCACCUUGACGACCUGCCUUUCGAGCUUGGCUUUCUCUAUCGGCUAGAAAUGCUUGGCAUUGAAGGCAACCCAAUGCGACCGGACUACAAGGAGCGGCUCAUGGAACACGGAACACAAGAGCUAAUUCGCUAUCUCCGGGAGCAGGCACCAACUCCUGAUCCACCGACUGACCGAGCCUGGAUACCGCUAAUUGAAGAGCAAUCGGACGGAACUGAUACAUUCAGCUUGCUCAGCUGGAACAUUCUUUGCGACAGGGCUGCAACCGCCACGAUGUAUGGCUAUACACCUUCUGAAGCAUUGUCAUGGCAGCGAAGGCGGGCUAUGAUCCUGGACGAGCUGCGAGGACGACAAGCAGACAUCAUGUGUUUGCAAGAAAUGGACAUGGAGAAUUACAACGAGUUCUUCCGACCCAAUCUGGCAUCUGAUGACUACAAGGGCGUCUUUUGGCCGAAGUCGAGAGCGCAAACCAUGCAGGAGAGAGAGGCCAAGGUGGUCGAUGGAAGUGCAAUUUUCUUCAAGAAUUCCAAGUACAUUCUACUUGACAAGCAAUUGAUCGUCUUUAGUCAAGAAGCCAUAAGGAGACCUGACAUGAAGGGCGAGCACGACGUGUACAACCGCGUCAUGCCACGAGACCACGUAGCAGUUAUUGCUUUCUUGGAGAAUCGCGCGACCGGUUCGAGAGUGAUUGUUGCAAACACGCAUCUCACUUGGGAGCCUUGGCACAGCGAUAUCAAAAUCGUGCAGGUCGCCAUCAUGAUGGAAGCAAUUGCUCGAUUUGCCGAGGGAUACUCCAAGUGGCCACCGUGCAAAGACAAGGAAGUCUUCAAAUACGCAAACGAAGAUGGCAUGGACGAUUCAAAUCAACCUCCGCCUGCGCCAGGACCAUCUUUGAAAUACGACGAGAGUACUCACAUCCCAUUAGUGGUGUGUGGAGACUUCAACUCAACGCGCGAUUCUGGAGUCUACGACCUCAUAACACAAGGUUCGCUGUCGAACUCACACUCCGAACUGGGCGACAACAAUUAUGGUGACUUCACACGCCACGGCAUGAGCCACCCAUUCAGCUUGAAGUCGGUGUACAGCCACAUUGGUGAACUGCCGUACACCAACUACACGCCGGACUUCCGACAAACGAUCGACUGGGUGUUCUACUCCACCAACUCCGUGCAGGUAAACAAGGUUCUCGGAGAGCCGGAUCAGGAGUACAUGCGACGCGUACCAGGAUGGCCCAACCACUACUUCCCCAGUGACCAUCUGCCAUUGGUCAUGGAACUACAAGUCAAGGAGCGUAAGGAGCGAAAACAGGUCGAGACAGACUUUGGUGCAUCUCGAAAGGCGGGUCACAACAAUUAG